GACUAGCGGAGCUGGGGGGGAGGGCAGAUACUAGGUCUGUGCUGAGAGUAGCAACGCUACCUCUACUGUCCAUUUUGUUUUAUUAGGUAGGCUACUGUAGUGUCUUACUGUAAUUUACGUCUUAGUUCAGUAGACCAGUUUUAAUACCUCUCUCCUCUCACAGCGGAGGCACAUUAGCUCUCUCUCUCUCUGCCGUCUUGCUAAUUGUUCAGACCCGGCGUUUUCACAUUAGGGCGCGUUAAUUAGAGAGUUUAGUGUCCAAACGUUUAUGAGAAAAUGGCAAAGGAUGGAGAAAAAAGCGAGUGGAAGGAAUUUAUAUGGAACCCGAGGACGAGGGAGUUUCUGGGCAGGACGGCGAGCAGCUGGGGUCUUAUUAUUCUCUUCUAUAUUGUUUUCUACAUCUUCCUUGCCGGCCUGUUUGCACUCACCAUGUACGUCAUGCUGCAGACACUGGACGACCACAAACCCACCUGGCAGGACCGGCUCUCCACGCCAGGUAUGGUGAUUAGACCCAAAUCAGAUGAGACCUUUGAGAUUGUCUACAGCAUCAAGGACACUGAGAGCUGGGACAUGUACGCUCAAGCCCUGGACCGCUUCCUGGAACCUUACAACAACUCCGUGCAGGCCCAGAAAAAUGAUGAGUGCACCCCGGACAAGUACUUCCUGCAGGAGGACAGCGGUGAUGUGAGGAACAACCCCAAGCGCUCCUGUCAGUUCAACCGCACCAUCCUGGAGGACUGCUCUGGAAUCAAUGACCGUUACUAUGGAUACCAGGAGGGCAAGCCAUGCAUCAUCAUCAAGCUAAAUCGGGUGAUUGGGAUGCUUCCAGGAAAGGAUGGACAAGCCCCGUUUGUCACCUGUGGUGCAAAGAGAGAAGACUCCGACAAAAUUGGACAGUUGAUCUACUUCCCACCAAAUGGCACUUUCAACCUCAUGUACUACCCGUACUAUGGAAAGAAAGCUCAGGUGAACUAUUCUCAGCCAUUAGUCGCUGUCAAGUUCCUAAACAUCACCGCCAACCAAGACGUCAACAUCGAGUGCAAGAUCAACUCCAACAACAUCCCCAUUGGAAGUGAAAGGGACAAGUUUGCUGGCAGGGUGUCGUUCAAGUUGAGGAUCAACAUCCCUAACUAGUUUAUCCUUUUUUCUCCUCUUCCUCCUGAAAACUACGUCUCCAUUCUCUGCAAACAUUGCACAUACACAGAAAGCAAUCUCAAGAUUCACACCCUUUGUAGGAGCUGUUUACAAACCUCCACAUUUUGGGAGGAAAUAGUUUACCUUAGUGUUGGGAUGAAGAAUUUCAAAAAGGGUGCUAAUCCUGUCAUUAUUUCUGUUUGUGAGCUUUGGGACAAAUUCUUCUCUGUACAUUAGUUUGAGGUGACGUCUAUUUAUACUGCAUGACCAAACUAGGGGAUGUAAAGGAUGUGAACGUGUGUUUCCAGAGUUUGUGAGGGUCAGCAUCAGUACCACUUUAAUGCUGCUCCCCCUCCUGCUGCCUCCUUACAGAGCCUCCCUCUAUAUAUGAAUAUACACAAAUUACAAUACAAAAUGUGUAUAUCUACAGUAUUUAUACGGCAUCAUAACCUUAUAUCAGUAUUUUGUUGCACUUAAAAGAUAAUCCAACAGACUAAAUCAGAAUGGAUGGAUGCAGAGAUGAAGCCAUGUUGCAUGUGUGUAUUGUCUUUUGUGUGCUAUGAGGGCAGGAGGCCGCCCGUGUUCCACCUCUCUGCUCAGUGUGGAAAAAAACAGAUAAUUUCAACCACUGACCACCAGGAGGGAACACACUGUAAUAAUAGUCGUAACAGGAGAUAGGCAUUUCCCAAAAAGAGAAAGGGAGUCACAGGAGAGCUCGAAACCUUUAAGAGUGUGUGCGUGUGUGUUUGUGCGUGCGCUCCAUUCAUUCAGAGGUCCCGUUUCAUGCUGUAGGUCGGGAAGUUGCAUGCAAUGUGCAAUAUUCAUUACAUGGCAUACAUUAUGAAUGCUGAGUCCAUUCUUUGGAUGAGGAGACGUCAGUUGAGUUAUUAUAAUUUUGGAUCAUUUGAUAUUCAGCCUGUUUUUUGUUUUUGUUGUUUUUUUUUACCUGAGAGCAGCUUUUAAAAACAUAGGGGUGUCAUAAAGAAAAAGAAAACCUCCAAGGCAGUCUAAUCAGGCUAUUAAAAUGACUUUAUUUUCAUGGUGUAUUUAUAAGGCUUUGACAUUCUUCCAGCCUUGACUUGAUGAAGGCAUGAGCUGAAAUGCACUGUUUUUAAGAUCAAAAUGAUCAUGCCAAAUUUUGAAACUUUCAGAACUUUCCAAAACAAUCUUUGAAUAUGACACAAGCUCUAAUUUUAAUGGUCAGUUGUACCAAAAGGUACCAGGGCUUUUAAAAAUCUACAAAUCUUCAGUCACAUUUUUAACCAGGAGCUGCAGAAAGAUAUAAGAGAAAGAGCAGCAAUGGUACUGACUUUUCCAGAGUCCUUACAUUUACGUCUCUGAUCUCAUCAAGCAGUCUUGGUCAUGUUACACUGCCUAAAUUUCAGAAAAUGCAUUGGCAACAUAUCAGUACCUAAACCAACUUUAAUUGAUCAAUAUAGGGUGCCUAGGACUUCUAUGUUGGUUGCAUAGUGUUUAAAACUUGAACUGAAUUGAACACUCUAGCAUCAUGAAAACCCUACCAUGCUAUAAAAUAAAGAUAUUUAAAUAGUUUUAAAGGGAAUGCCUUGGAGUUUCUCCUUUUCUCUAUGAUUGCAUGCAUCUCAAUCCAAAGAGCACUUCAUAACUUUCAUUUUCUUUAGACCAACAUUUCCUUUUUUCUAUAUAUAUAUAUAUAUAUAUAUAUAUAUAUAUAUAUAUUUUCUACUUGCAGAUGGGUUUGGGUUACUGUCAGUGACUCCACAUGACAUUACAGCAGUGUUUCCCACACAGAGAUGAAACAUGGGCACGCCACCCAACUAUAUUUGCUGAUUUUCUUUUUAUUCUAACCCCCAUCCAUGCACAAGAGAGGUGCCCACUUUUAUACUAGUGCACUAAAGGAGAAAAUUUAGCUUAUUACACAGUGGAUUUCACUUAUUUCUGCAGCUGCUUUCUGUCAAUAUCAUCCUCUACUCCUGCACUCUAGGAGGAUGGUUGCAAUACGCUAUUUCAUCAAUGUUUUGUCUUCAUAUAUGCUAUGAAUAUUGAGUGGAAAAAUUCAAAAGGCAAGUGAUGUUAUUUGAGCGUCUUCAUACCACAUAAAGCUGAUGAAUACUGUCAAAAAAGCUGAACUACACAAAAAAUAAGCGUAUAGAAUACGGCAGGUGGGAUGACCUGCACUGUCACUUCUACUACCCCAGAGUAGUCUCACUGUAUGGGAAACACUGCCAUGUAUCAUGGCUUUAUUUAACUGUAUCUAGUAUUUUGAGAUUUCAUUUAACUCUUAAAACAUCUCAUUGAGUUUGCAACUAAGCUAUUUCUCUUCCUGUAAAGUUUAGCGCCGGGUCAAAAAACAUCUGAAUAUCAAAUAUCAGAAGCAAAACAAUAUCCCUGCUGUACAAUCAACCAUCAUUUCUACCGUCACAAUUCUUAACAAGAGCUAUAAAGCAUAAAAAAGUCUUCUUGUGUGUGUGUUUUGCAUCUAUUUCAUACAUAUCAGAAAUAGAUGAUAUUGACAUAUUUUGUACUGAAUUGCACUGGAAGUGUGCUUUUUUUUCUUCUUUUUUUGCGAAUCUGAGUUGAAUUAACUCAUGUACAGUUUUUGAAGCGAGUGAUGUAGAAGGUUUUGUUUAUCCUCUUUGUUUCCUUCAUACUCAAUAUCAUUCUUUUAAAAUAUCAAACUGUAUUGUACGGGUUCUUUUAAGGGUGAUUAGUCUUAAAUAUGUUAGUCAUUAGUGCGUCAGAGUUUGGUUUUAUAGGCCGAAGCUGGAGAUUUGAGUCCUUAACCACAUAGAAGCGGUUAUUUGUCUUGUAAUUAUUUUUGUUGUAGUUUCUCCACUGUUGUAAAGAUCAAACUGAAAGAAAAGAAAGAUAAAAAAGUUUGACAGGGUCAUAGAUUAGUCCUGGAGCUGUUCACCAUUCACUCUGCUGUCUCAGCCACACAGAAAUGUAGGAAACACCUGCAAAUAUUAGCAGGAGGAACGCCUGUGAAGUACGAGUCAGGCGUGUUAUUUUAUCACAAAAUAAUGACUGUGAACCUGCAGUGUCAUCACAGCAAAUAUGGCAUCUGUUCACUCAAGUUUCGACCUGGCUCGACUCCACUGAUUCAUCUCUCUCUCUGCAUUGUGUUCCUCAGGCUCGCACAUAUCUCAAAGCAGUCUGAAUGGGACCCUUCUAAUGCAGAUUUGACAAAAAAAGAGAUGUAAUCGGAUCUGUAUCAUAGGAGUUAUUCACGUGAAAUAUGUGAUAUAGCAGCCAUCAGAGGCUUCUUUUUUUCUUUACUUUUUGAGACAUUCCACUGACCAGUUCAUUUCUCCUCUGGCAUUCCUGCAACACUUACUUAAUUUCUCUGUAAUCUCUUAAUCUGUUCAGCUAAUCCAGAGGAGGCACGCUGAACUUCUUUACCCUACUUUGUCGCUCCUCCUCCACGUCUUCUUCUUUGAAAUGCUCAGUGCAUUCACUCCCAUUCUGUGAUAUUUUAAGCACUAAAGAGUCCAUUGAAAUCCAAAUCAAACAUGCCUCUUCAUCAUGAAAUUGGAUGCUUUUUUUUUUACCCAUGUGCAUGUGAAGAUUUCCUCUUCAACCAAAGAUCUUCAUCGUAGUUUAUUCCCUUUUUUUCAGCUGAAGAUGUGAGUGAGGAUCUCAUGUGGAGAUACCGUAGAAACCAGGUGGAGGAAUACCACCGUGUAUUAUUAAAAGGCCUACUCUUAUAUAAUGAGAAUACGCACAAAAAGGAACAUGUUUCACUGCAACUUAACAGUGCCUCCUGGUGGACAGACAGUGUUGUUCCCCAGUGUCACAGAAUGUUUCCUCUUAUCUCCAUUUAUCUGUUUUUAUUUCUCUCUCUCUCUGUUAAUUUUUAGAUGUCCUCAAAAAGCAAUAUAUUUAUUUACUUGUUGUGUGGCAGUAUGAUGUAUUCAUUAAAGCAAAAUCAGUGCGUCAUCAAGAGUGAGGAAAGAAAGAUCAUAAAGAUAGUGCAUUCAGGCUUUUUUGCCAGAGUGCAUUGUUCUUAUGAAACCAAUAGAAGAGUGGUGUUUUCUUUAUUUAAAAAAAGAGUAUUUUUAUUGCUAUUUUGCUGCAAAGAGGAGAGAAUAUAUAAGCUUGGAUUGUAUUACGUCAUGGGAGCUAGGUGGUAGGUUUUCAUCAUUUAAUUACAUGAAACACCAAAUGGUUACAGCACGUCUGGAGAAGAUUUCCUUUUUUAUGUAGAAACAUUUUUAUUCUCAUAGUUUGAGUCCUUUCUUAAAUGGAGCUUGUAGAGUUUGCAGUGAAAGUCCCCUGAACUCUGUGGCCUGUUUAACCAGAAUUCAGUCAUGAAAGUAACUGGAGGCAGUGUUUUUCAGAUGACUUUCAGCUGCAAAUAAAAUUCAGAACCUUCUCAGAAUCAACCUACAACAGGGCCAAGAAUUUCUCACAAGACUCCCCCAGACUAACCCCCCUUGUCUUAAAUCAUAUUAUUGCCUAAGACUGUGGUGCACGGAUAGUUCAGGAAAGAAAUCAGUGAAAUAUAUUGGGAUACUCUCACCCAAAAGGAUGAUAACUCUAUUCUGGAUUUUUAUUUUUGCUCUUACUGUAUGUAUAUUUUUGCUCAUGUUUACUGCAAACCAAGAUAGAGAAAUAAAUAAAUGUCA